AUGUCAAAUAAAAUUUUUCUUCUUUUUUUCGUUUUCGACACGACAAAUUCGAUUUUACGCCGAAGUUUUGACGAAAAAUCGGAAGAAUGGUGAGUGGAAUUGUGGAGUGUCGUUGUUUUUGCCGUUUUCAGCGCGAAAAAUGAGCCCGGAAACGCGGAGCAUCGUUUAAAAUCGAAAAAUUCUGAAUUUUCAAAUUUUCCGCCUAAAAACGACUUCGGAAUUGCGGAGCAUCGUAGUUUUCACCUAAAAUCAACCCUGUGAACCCGGAACAUCCUAAAAACCCUCAUUUCCCACCGAAUUCCACCGCGUAAACGCGUAGCAUCGUAGUUUUCACCUAAAAACCCCCAUUCCCCACCGAAUUUCACCGCGUAAACGCGUAGCAUCGUAGUUUUUCGCUUUCCAGCCUCUUCAAUUGCCCAAAACACACCCGAAACAUCUCGAAUUCGAAUCCCCCGAACAAAUGUCAAGGCGAUGAUUGGAUCAUCGACAAAAUCCUCGAUGGUUAUAACAAAUUAGAUCUUCCCGGUGGUCGACAAGUCGAAGUUUCGAUAGAGAUUUGGGUUCAGGAGGUGUCGAAGAUCAUCGAGAUCACUUCGGAAUUCGAGUUGGACAUCUAUGUGACUGAGCGAUGGACUGAUCCAGCGCUAGCCUAUUCGCAUUUGAAUCCGUGUAAGAGGUAGGGAAGAUCUAUAGAAGAUCAGGGGUAAGAUCAAGAUUCCAGCAAUAUGUCAGUGGAUGGUGCUACGAUUCUGAACAAGAUCUGGAAUCCGCAGGCGUGUUUUGUCAAUAGUAAACUCGCCACAAUUCACGAGAGCCCUUUCAAAAAUAUUUUCCUACAAAUCUACAGUAACGGGAGUAUCUGGCACAAUUACCGUAUCAAAUUAACCGGACCUUGUUCGAAUACAUUGAGGUAGGUCAAAUUUGCGUCAUUUUGAGACCCCACAUGACUGGGGUACUGUAGUUUUGAAGGCUACAGUACCCCCCCCCCCUCCCCCCAGAACCUACAGUACCCCCCCCCCCCCCAAAACCUACAGUAUCCCCCCAGAACCUACAGUACCCCCAUCCCCCCCCAACACCUACAGUACCUCCCCCUCCAAAAACCUACAGUUCCCCCCUCAACCUGCAGUACCCCUCGCCCCCUUCAAAACCUACAGUCCCCCCCCCCCAAAACCUACAGUACCUCCCUUCCCCCAGAACCUACAGUACCCCCCCCCCCCCAUACCUACAGUACCCCUCCAAGCCUACAGCACCCUCCCCCCAAAACCUACAGUACCCCCCCCCCCCCCCAUACCUACAGUACCCCCUCCCCCAGAACCUAUAGACCCCUCCCAGAACCUACAGUACCUCCCCCAGAACCUACAAUAUACCCCCCCUUUCCCCCAGAACCUACAGUACCCCCCCCCCCCAGAACCUACAGUACCCCCCCCCCCAGAACCUACAGUACCCUCCGCCCCCCCAGAGCCUACAGUCCCCCCUCCCCCAGAACCUACAGUACCCCCUUCCCCCAGAACCUACAGUACCCCCUUCCCCCAGAACCUACAGUACCCCCUUCCCCCAGAACCUAUAAACCCCCCGAAACCUACAGUACCUCCCCUCCCCCAGAACCUACAGUACCCCCCUCAUACCUACAGUACCCCCCAUCAUUUUCGCUUCAGGACCUUCCCCAUCGAUCAGCAACGUUGUAUGCUGUACUACGAGAGCUUCACCCACAACAACGAUCAUGUGAAAUUGGAGUGGAUCACCACAGUAGCACCGAUCACCAUCAUCAAAGACAACAUCACACUUCCCGAUUAUACAUUGGUUGAUUUUUCGGCGACAAGUGCGAUGCGGGUACGUUGCUACGCGUUUACGCGGCGGAAAAUGAGCGAUUUUGAGCUAAAAAUGAGGAAUUUUGGGUGAAAACAACGAUACUCCGCGUUUACGCCUAGGUGGAAUUGCGGAGUAUCGUUGUUUUCACAAGAUUUAGCUUGCAACAACCAUUUUCCACGCCUUUGUCCACCUAAACAACGACACUCCGCGUUUACGCCGUCAAAAAUGCGCGAUUUUAAGCAAAAACAACGACACUCCGCGUUUACACCUAGGUGAAAUCGUUGUUUUCACACAGUUUUCCUUGAAACAACCAUUUUCCAACACUUUUUUCCACCUAAACAACGACACUCCGCGUUUACAGCUCUACGCACCCGGGAUUUUCAACGAAUUGGUGGCCACCUUCACCUUCCAACGACUCUACGGGUUCUAUAUUCUACAGGUCUAUGUGCCGGCCUAUAUUUCGGUGUUUAUUUCUUGGGUAGGUGUGGAAGCGGAGUGUCGUUUGAACAACGAUACUCCGCAAUUACGCUGUAAAAAUUUCAAAAAAAAAUUUUUAGGUAUCAUUCACACUUGGUGCAGAGCAAGUUCCAUCAAGGACUACGGUUGGUGUCAAUUCAUUGCUGGCUUUGACGUGAGUGUAAACGCGGAGCAUCGUUUAAAACAUGAUUUUCACCCGGAAAACCAUCAUUUUCCAUCAUUUUUCACCGCGUAAACGCGUAGCAUCGUUUAAAACAUGAUUUUCACCCCGGAAAACCAUCAUUUUUCACCGCGUAAACGCGGAGCAUCGUUUAAAAUAUGAUUUUCACCCGGAAAACCGUCGUUUUCCAUCAUUUUUCCCCGCGUAAACGCGUAGCAUCGUUGUUUUCCAGAUUCCAAUCCGGUGCCGUCGUCAACAAUCUACCAAAAACAUCGGAUGUGAAAGCGAUUGAUGUGUGGAUUCUAAGUUCGAUGGCCUUCAUUUUUGCAUCACUUAUUGAACUUGCGAUCGUCGGAUAUUUGUCGAGAGAUGGUAAACAUGACACUAUAAAGUAAGAUCUUUGACUGAUCUUCUGAAAAAAAUCUGAAAUUUUCAUAGGAUCUCACGAUGUCGAUGUUCUUGGUUAUGCAUGAAUUGUAAAGAUUGGACAGCGCUGAAAAUCGAUCAGGUUAGAGUCAUUUUAAACGACACUCCGCGUUGACGCACCUUUCAGAUGUCUUCAAUCGUAUUUCCUGUCAGUUUUUUCGCAUUCAACAUUUGGUACUGGUUCAUUUUCCUUGGGUAAGCCUUGAAAAAUUCGAUUUUCAGCCUGAUUUCCAGUGAAAACUUCUACAAAUUACAGAUUUAAUCCUCUGAGCAUGAAACCUAACUAGCAUGGAAAGUUUUAGCCGCUUUUCUAUCAUUUUUUGAGUGUAAACGCGGAGCAUUGUUGAGAAAACAACGAUGCUCCGCGUUUCCGCCGCUUUUUGUGAAUGGUUCCUGAGUUUCUGGCAGUUCCACAAAGCAUUUCCAUAUGAUUUUCACACUGAUUUUUUCAGAAAAGAUCUGAAAAGCACACUUUAA